AUGUCCUUCCGUCGCGUCCUCAGCACCUCGGUGCGCUUCGCUGCCGCCUACCCGCGCAGCUCCCAGCGCCUGCCGCAAUUGCUCUUCCCCCAGUACCGCACCUAUGCCUCCAAGAUUGUCAAGGUUCCCGAGAUGGCUGAAUCCAUCACCGAAGGAACCCUAAAACAGUUCAGCAAGAGUGUCGGCGACUACGUCGAGCUCGACGAGGAAAUUGCCACCAUUGAGACCGACAAGAUCGAUGUCUCGGUCAAUGCCCCUGAGGCUGGCACCAUUGCCGAGCUGCUGGCUAAGGAGGAGGACACUGUCACUGUUGGCCAGGACCUCAUCAAGCUCGAGCUCGGCGGCGCCCCUCCGGAGGGCAAGAAGGAGGAGACCGCCAAGGAGGAGCCUAAGGAGCCCGCUCCCAAGAAACAGGAGACUGCUCAGGAGGAGAAGAAGCCCGAGCCUUCGAAGAAGCCUGAGCCGCCUAAGGAGGAAUCCAAGUCUCGGCCUGAGCCGCAGCAGGAGAAGAAGCCCGCUCCCGCGAAGGAGGAGCAGUCCAAAAAGACUGAUUCUCCCUUUGGCAGCCGCGAGGAGCGCCGUGUGAAAAUGAACCGUAUGCGUCUGCGGAUUGCCGAGCGUCUCAAGCAAUCGCAGAACACCGCGGCCUCCCUGACCACAUUCAACGAGGUCGAUAUGUCCUCGCUGAUGGAGCUCCGGAAACUUUACAAGGAUGAUGUGCUCAAGAAGUCCGGCGUCAAGCUUGGUUUCAUGAGCGCCUUCUCCCGCGCCUGCGUGCUUGCCAUGAAGGACGUUCCUGCUGUCAACGCAUCCAUCGAGGGCCCCAAUGGCGGUGAUACUAUCGUCUACCGUGACUACGUCGACAUCAGUGUCGCUGUUGCGACCGAGAAGGGUCUUGUUACUCCUGUUGUCCGCAACGCCGGGGCUAUGGACAUGAUCGGCAUCGAGCAGUCAAUCGCGGACCUUGGCAAGAAAGCGCGCGACAACAAGUUAACCAUUGAGGACAUGGCCGGCGGAACCUUCACCAUCAGCAACGGUGGCGUCUUCGGCUCGCUCUAUGGCACACCCAUCAUCAAUCUUCCCCAGACCGCUGUACUGGGUCUCCACGCCAUCAAGGAAAGGCCUGUUGCCGUCAAUGGCAAGGUUGAGGUCCGCCCUAUGAUGUACCUUGCUCUUACUUACGACCACCGCCUGCUUGAUGGUAGAGAAGCUGUUACUUUCCUGGUCAAGAUCAAGGAAUACAUUGAGGACCCUCGUCGCAUGCUGCUGGGUUAG